CUUGUGACUGAAGACAUCCAUGGCAAGAAGGUAGAGUUAAGUGACUUCGAUUUCUUCAUCUUUAUUGCCCCCCAGAGCUCCCAGGCCACUCGCUUACAAAUUGCAUCUGAGGUCCAACAAAUGGACAAAGAGUUUUAUAUGGUUCAAACUAAGAUAGACCUGGACUUGGAGGAAGCGAAGAAGCAGCAACUAUCUGGCUACAGCGAGGAGAAGAUUCUCUUGCCCGCCAAGGAUUUCUGCAGGGAUUCUUUGGGAAAUGAAGAGGUGAAAGAUCUCCAAGUCUUUUCGGUUUCCAACCACAAGCCCGACCACUAUGAUUUCCCCCUUCUGCGGGAAUCCCUGACCAGUGAUCUCUUGUGGAAUAAGAAGAAAGCCUUUCUCAGCAACAUCGUCACUACCGUUUCUCCAUCUGUUUUGGAGAAUAAGGCAGCCACACUGCAAAGAGAGAUUUGGCUUCCCAUCCUUUUCGCCGGAUUUAUAGCCGUGAUCCCGGUCCCGGGAGUUGCGAUCCUGGGGGGCGUUGUCCUCUUCGUAGCGUUUGGUGUUUGGUGCUACCGUAAGUUUGGUGUGGAUAAUCAGUCCCUCAUCAAACUUGCUAACUUUACUGGCAAGUUACUCUCAGAGCUGAAAUCAAUGAUGACAUCCCAGUCAAAAAAAACAGUGAUUUUACACAGGCUACCAGAUUUUCUAGGAGCUUCAAUGAUGAGCGUGGAAUAUUUCUAUUGGGAACGUUUCCCCAUAAUUGGCUGCUUAUUGUCAGGAGGAAUUUCACUUAUUUCCUCUUUCUUCAUGCUGAAGAAAUAUCUGUCAGAUAUUAAGAAAGAUACCCAGAAUAUUCUAUCCAAAGCUGCAGCUGCCAUAAAGAAGAUAAACCUUGCAAUCCCAUAA